AUGUCGUCUCGUCCUUCACGUCAUCACACUUCCCACGGUGGCGGAUCCGUUACGAAACAAUUAGACCGUAAAGUCGAAAAUCUUGUCCGAGACUAUUAUUCCAAACUCUCGUCGAAUAGUAGCAAUAAUCCGAAACCGAUACCGAAUACGAAUGAGGCAAUCGAUUAUGUUCAGGCUCACGAUAUGGGGCUUAAGCGGUUAAAAAGGAAUCAGAUCGAGAAAUCGGUGACUAAGGCGAUGGAGUUGAUUACUAUUGAAGUUGGAGGCACUGCUGGCGAGAAUGAAGGCGCUGAAGAAUUUGAUAGCGAUUUUGAAGCUUUUAAUGAAGCGGUUGAUAAGGAUAAUAACUCUGCAAACAAGAGGGUUGUCGAGAUGUGGUCAAAGAAUCAAGCUUCUAGUCGGAAUACCCCGGCUCCAGAAGCUCAAAGUCAGCCUGUAGACGGAGAUGCAUCCCAACAAUUGUCGAAAGACGCACAAACUCCUGCCCGUCGAAAACGCGAACGAAGUAGCCGGACGGAACCACCUGUCAAGAAACAGAAGAUAGACCGCGCACCCCCAACCGGCGUAUCACUAAAAGACAUCGGUGGAAUUGAACAUAUUCUCAAUGAUAUCCACGAUUUGAUCGACAUGCCCUUAAACUGUGCUACUUGUUACGAUCAUUUGGGGAUCCAAAUACCGCGGGGGAUACUUCUUCACGGACCACCCGGGUGUGGGAAAACUAUGCUUGCGAAUGCGAUUGCAGCUCACCAUGGUGUUCCGUUUAUACCUAUUUCUGCGCCUUCGAUUGUUAGUGGGAUGUCCGGGGAAUCGGAGAAGAAGCUGAGGGAGAUCUUUGAGGAAGCUGUGAAGCUCGCGCCGUCUAUUAUUUUCAUAGAUGAGAUUGAUGCGGUUAUGCCCAAGAGGGAUAGUGCGCAGAGGGAGAUGGAGAAGAGGAUUGUGGCGCAGAUGUUGACUUGUAUGGAUGAUUUAUCUUUGAGUAAAACUGGCGGGAAUCCUGUUUUUGUUAUUGGAGCGACGAAUCGGCCUGAUAGUCUUGAUCCUGCAUUAAGGAGAGCGGGCAGGUUUGACCGGGAGAUUUGCUUGGGGGUUCCGGAUGAAGUUGGCAGAGAGAAAAUUCUACGGGUACUCUCAGAGAAGCUCAAGCUUUCCGGCGACUUUGAUUUCAAGAAGCUAGCCAAGUUAACGCCAGGAUUCGUCGGAGCGGACUUGAGUUCGUUGAUAACGGCUGCUGGUACAUUUGCUAUCAAACGCAUCUACGAUGACUUAAAAGUGAGGCAUCAAAUCGGGACCGCAGAGCAGGAUGAGGGAGUCUCAAUUCUAAAUGGAGCUAUGGAAAUUGAUGGAGGCCCGGGUUUGGCGAACGGGAAGCCUAACCCCAUCCUGGAAGAUGCUCCAAACCCAUUUCCACCACUGUCGCCAGAAGAGCUGGAGAGACUUUCAAUCACGAUCGACGAUUUCCUUACAGCUCUCCCGAAGGUCCAGCCAUCUUCGAAACGUGAAGGGUUCGCAACUGUUCCUGAUGUUACAUGGCAACAGAUCGGUGCUUUGGAAGCCAUUAGAAAGCAAAUGCAGCUCGCAAUUGUAAAACCCAUCGCGCACCCCGAGAUAUUUGAGGCUGUUGGAAUAACAUCGCCUGCUGGGGUUUUGCUCUAUGGUCCUCCCGGGUGUGGUAAAACAUUGCUCGCGAAGGCGGUUGCCAAUGAAAGUAAUGCCAACUUUAUCAGUGUUAAAGGACCCGAGUUGUUAAAUAAGUGGGUUGGAGAGUCUGAGAGGGCUGUUAGGCAAGUUUUCAUGCGCGCAAGGGCUUCGCAGCCAUGUGUUAUUUUCUUCGACGAAUUGGAUGCUCUAGCGGGGAAGAGAGAGGAUGCAACAACAGAAGCAACGUCACGAGUCGUCAACACACUACUUACGGAGCUAGACGGCUUGAGCGAUCGUAAAGGUGUAUAUGUUAUAGCGGCGACCAACAGGCCAGACAUGAUCGACCCAGCGAUGCUGAGACCUGGGCGUUUAGAUAAGGCGCUUUUUGUGGCGCUGCCUACAGCCGAAGAGAGACUUGAUAUUAUGAAAAAGCUGACAAUGAAAAUGCCUCUUCAUGAAUCAAUUGAUCUAUGGAAAAUUGCCGACGACAGCCGUUGUCGAAAUUUUAGCGGAGCCGAUUUGUCAUCGCUGGUUCGCGAGGCCGCAAACUCUGCUGUCGAAGCCUUCUUCCCCGAAACAGCUGCCGAACCGCAACGGAUACCAAGUGGGCCGAUCACGGUGUGUCCCGACAAUUUUGAAAAGGCAUUUGGGAUGGUGCGCCCAAGUGUCUCCGAGGCUGAGCGGAUCCGAUAUAUGCAGAUUAACAAGAAACUCUUGGGAUACUAG